AUGGAGUCUAAAGAGUUUCCGAUUGGCUCAGCCAUUACACUCAAGGACUUUUACGUUGAUAAUUUGAUGAUGGGUGCCUCUACUGUGAGCAUGGUCAUUGAAAUCAAGCGGCAAGUUGCGGCCUUGCUAAAACGAGCUGGAUUUCCCCUACGCAAGUUUGCUGCAAACAACAUGGAAAUCAUCGACGACAUACCUUUAGAUGACAGAGAAGAAAUAAUUACACUAGGCGACUCAGAUUACGUUAAAACUCUCGGUCUGAAAUGGUCACCUUCUAAAGAUGCCUUUUUCUUCAGCUACCAUGGACCAGCAGCAUCGCGUAAACCAACCAAGCGUUCUAUAUUAUCACAAAUAGCUGCCUUGUUUGAUCCUCUUGGGUUGCUGAACCCUCUCAUCGUCGCCGGCAAAAUCCUGAUGCAACAACUCUGGGAACUGAAGUUAGAUUGGAACGAAAGCGUACUUCAAGACAUUUACACACAGUGGCGCGCAUUUCAGGAGCAUCUGAGCGCUAUUAACAACAUUCAAAUACCAAGGUAUGUUCCCAUGGAUAGCACAACUGAAAUCCACGCCUUUGCAGAUGCCAGUACUAGAGCGUAUGGCGCGUGUAUUUACCUCGUGACGCGCAUGGAGAAAGAAAUCUCGUCCGCAUUGCUUUGCGCAAAAUCUCGUGUGGCUCCAACAAAGCAAAUUAGUUUGCCACGGCUUGAGUUGUGUGCAACAAUGUUAUUGGCCGAGCUUCUAUAA